AUGGAGAUGGACGGAGGAGAAGACAACGCUGGGAAGACAUCUAUAUAUCCCAAAGUACUACUUCAAAGUCAGCGCAACUGGACCAGCGGCGACGACUGGCACGACGACUUCUUAUCCGCAGCAUAUCUCAAUCCAAGCGUCGACCGUGGCGAUAGUGGCUCGGGCAACUUCAGCCAAGGCAACAGCUUGCUAACUCUAACUCUUUACAGAUACGGUGCUUCUCUGCGCAAGCAGAUCAAGAAGGCCGAAAUCACCCAGCACGCCAAGUACACCUGCACAUUCUGCGCCAAGAACACCGUCAAGCGCACCAACGUCGGUAUCUGGCAGUGCAAGGCCUGCAAGAAGACCAUUGCUGGCGGUGCCUACCUUGUCUCGACCCCCGCUGCUGCUGCCACCCGGUCGACCCUCCGGAGAUUGCGCGAGAUCGCCGAGGUAUAG